CCCGAGCUGGCCUUCGGAGCCAAGCAGGCCUGGCGGAACGCGGCGCGCUGCGUCGGCCGCAUCCAGUGGAACAAGCUCCAGGUGUUUGAUGCCCGGGACUGUGCAGGGGUAGGGGAGAUGUUCAGCCUCCUCUGCUCCCACAUCCAGUUCGCCACCAACCGCGGAAACAUCCGGUCUGCCAUCACCAUCUUCCCGCCGCGGGCACCGGGACGGGGUGAUUUCCGCAUCUGGAACCCGCAGCUGAUCCGCUACGCCGGGUACCGGCAGCCCGACGGCUCCGUCAGGGGCGACCCCGCCAACGUGGACAUCACCGAGCUCUGCAUCCAGCACGGCUGGACCCCCGGGGGAGGCCGCUUCGACGUGCUGCCGCUGCUGCUGCAGGGCCCCGAGGAGUCCCCCGAGCUCUUCCCGCUCCCCCCCGGAGCUGGUCCUCGAGGUGCCGCUCCAGCACCCCAC